GGCCGCGCCCGCCCGGCCGAGCCAUGGUGGAGCCGCCGGCCGAGCCUCCCCCGCAGCCCUGCCCGGCGCCCGGGGGGGCGGUGGGGGGAGAGCCGGCCCGUCCUGGAGAGCAGUCGCCGCUGCUGCACCUGGAUCUGUACAACUUCGACUGCGCGGCGGCGGAGGGCAGCCGGUACGUGCUGACCAGCCCGCGGUCGCUGGAGGCCUGCGCCCGCUGCGCCGUGCGACCCGUGGAGCUGCUGCCGCGGGCGCUGGGGGACCUGCUGCGAGAGGCGCCCGGGCGCUCCAUGCGGGUGGCCGCCGGCCUCUACGAGGCCUACGAACGGGAGCGCCGCCGCAAGCUGCAGCAGUGCCGGGAGGAGCGGGAGAGGAUUAUCCGGGAGGAGAAGAGGCGGAUCCUCGCGCCCCUCGGCAGCCUGCCGCCCUCGCCCGCCGCCCGCGUCGCCUCCCGCGCUGCUGCCGCCGCCGCUGCUGCCGUUGCGCCCCGGACCCAUGGCGGGGGGAAGGCCAGGGCGUCGAGGGGUGCCAAGGGCAAGAGCCACUCCCUGGACUCGCUGCAGAAGCGUCGUGAGGGCAGCUGGGGCAAGACCUCCUCGGAGUCGGGGGCCUCGUCCUCCUACAGCGGGGAGAGCUUGCGGGAACGGGGGGGCAAGGUGGGUGGCCGGGGCCGGGGGGCAGCCGCUGCCAACGGGUCCUUUCUGGGGCGCAGCUUCAGCUUGGGUGACCUCAGCCACUCACCACAGACUGCCCAGAGGGUCGAGAGGAUCGUCAGGGAGGUGAAGAGGAAGAAGGGCCUCUCGGAGGUGCCUGAGAGGGACAAGAAGAUUGCGGCACUGAUGAUUGCCAAGCACCAGGAGGCCAACAUCCUGCGGGAACAGCGGCAGGUGGCCCAUCUUCAGUGGGACAGUCAGCGGCGCCUGGCUGAGCAGCGUAAGGAGCAGGAGGAGAAGGAGAAGCAGAGGGCCCUCCUGCAGGGUCAGCGGAUGUGGGAAAGCCAGGUGGAGAAGCGUCGUGGGAGGCUGAACCAGGAGCAGGAGGAAGCUGCCCUGAUGAAGCAGAGGCAGCGCCUCAUGUGUGAGGAGAGGUGGCGGGAGCAAGCGGAGAAGCAGGAGCGGCUGCGGAGGGAGAGGCUGGAGAGGGCCAUCCAGGAGGACAAGCAGAAGAAGCUCCAUCAAGAGCUCAACCUGAAGGCAAAGGAGGAGGUCAAGAAGGAGCACCAGGAGCGAGAGGAGCAGCUCCUGCAAGAGAAGCUGUCCAUGGCUGCACAGAAGAGGCUGAAGAAGGAGGUGCAGCUGCAGAAGGAGAAGAGACUGUUUAACCAAGCAGAGAAGCUGAAGCACGAGGCCUUGCUCAAGGAAUUGGCCAAGCAAGAGGCAGAAGAGAAGGAAAUGCUGAAGGCCUCCCUGAAGAUGAGUUUGACAAAGGCUCAGGAGAACUAUGAGCAGCUAGUGGAGAAGAGAAACCAGGAGCUGAGGGAGAAGGCCAGGCGUGAGGACAUGCAGAUCCAGAGAGCUAAACUGGCAGCAGAGAAGAAGGAAAGAGAGCAGAAGGAGCACUUGGAGGCACUGGCUAGAGAAACAGAGAGGAAGCUCCAGCAUGCUGCCCAGGUGGCCGAAGAGGCCGUUCAAGAGAAAGCCCGCAAGGUGGUCUUGAGUCGUCUGGAGAAGGAAAAAGUGCAGAAGAUGAAUAAGCAAAAGGUGGAACAGUAUGAAGACUUACGGCGCAGGGAAAUUCUCCUCUCUAUAGAGAAGAAGCUGGAGAGAAGCGAGCAGAUCUUCAAGGAGAAGAAGACUGUCUUAGAAAAUGCCAGGUCCGUCGCUAGGGCGUCCUUCCAUGUCCGGGAAAAAGUACGGGAGGAAACAAACAUGCGCACCUUUGACAAGAUGGCCUUUGAAGCAGAACUGCAUGCUCACCUUAACAAGAAAUGAAAGAUCUUGUCAUGAACGAGUGGGGAUGCACCACCGGUUGUCUAUCAUAAUGCACAGAAAGCUCCUCCACAUGAACAUUUGAAAAACAACAACAACCAACAUCCACCCUAAUUUCUUAUUCUGGGGGAGCAGGGUACCGCACAAAAAUGUGGCAGCUAUUUCACAUACUGUUUUAAAUACAUUUUUUGUUCUGGGUGUGUUUUAAGGACUGACCUCAGUCAUCUUUCCGGAGGGGAAGCAAGUUUUUAUGCCCUCCACCCCAUGAGCACACACAUUUUUUCAGAGAGGGCUACAGAAGAAGUCUGCUUGAAGCCUGUGAGUAGUGAUGGGUUGUUUACUGUGGAGAUGACUACAGCCGGUCUCUUCAGUUUGCAAUGCAGACAACAGAGGCAACUAACUAUUAGAGCCUACUGAGUAAGAACCAAAACCAUCUGAGCUGAUUCUGCCUUGAGUGACAGACAGUUUGGUUUAAGUUAUGGGACUGCAUUUUCCAAGCUGCUGCACUCCCAUGCUGAAGAUGAGGAAGGCUGGAGUACAGAAUUCCAUAUGCCCUGUGUGCCCCUUGUCCACUGCUGGUACCAAGUUGGCGAAAGCACAGAUCAAGGCCACGUAAGUAGACAUUAUGAUCAGAGCUGGGCAGAGGCUGUUAGUGCUCACAAACACAGUUUUGUUUUUGCUGUUUGUAACUGUUGCCCCUCCCAACUAUCCCCAGCUCUCCUCUUCCUUUUCAAGUUUCUCUUGCAAACAUCUGUAGAAUUUCUUCUUUUCUUUUGGAAGAGGGAGAGAAGGAGGGAAAUCUGUGGGCAAGUCACAAACUGAUGGGCACCCACACAGCACAGUUUUUCAUUGUGGUGUAAAAAUUAGUGAACCCGUGGAAUCUGUACUUUGGGGAAAUAUGAGGAUCAAUUGUAAAUGGAACUCUGCAAGCAGAUUGCAUAGAAAAAUCACCCUCGGGAAUUCUUAAAAUUCAAGGGGACUCUCAGCUCCUUAACCAACUGUGCCUGCCUUGAGCACAGGGUUGGACCAGAUGUCCUCCAGAGUCCUAUUCCAAUGUAUUUGUUCUAUGAGUUGCAUACAGUGAGACUUUCACCCAGCUCUUAUCAUUGUCUACUGAACAGAGGAGCAUUUCUCUGUCCACUGGUGCUAACAGUUGUCUUCUCAUAUAGGGCACAAGAAAGAGUAGAUGCAGAAAAUGAGGUACAUUACAGAUUCUUUUAGAUGAGGACCAUGUCUUUUUUAUGACUAUUAACUUAAUACUGUUUUGAGGAACUGAGUCCUUCUGCCAUUAAAUGCACUGGAAAUGUGAAAAGCCUACCUAUAAGAGUGUUCAAGUAAGACAGUGUUUCAAGCUGCGGAUUUCCACAUUUACUCUCUGUUGGGUUGGAGUUCCAAGCACAAAUUCAAAGCAGGCACUUUCUGCUGUUUUUUUUCUGGCUCCUGGCAGCAUCAGCUCUCUGUUCCACCAUCCGUGACGCCGUGCUGGGUUGCUCUGGUGAUGGAAGCCAGACCUGGAAGAGAAGCAGCAAGAAAAGACAGGAUCUCGUUUCCUUGUGGAUGUCUCUUACAUACCAUACAGUGGAGGAGAAAACCAGGAGAAGGUUGACAUGUGGAACAGACAUGCAGUCCUGCAUGCUUAGAUUGCUUACCAGAAUUGCCCAGGUGACAGCAGGUUAAAACCCUCUUAGAAGACUUUAAGGAAGGUGUUAAAUGAACAGCAACAACAACAAUAGACCAAGCACACCCUGGUGCCCUGCAAGGCUGGAGACAUUAUACGAACAGUGUUGAAAGAGGAGCAAGUAGGGAUUUAUUUUUCUUUAUUUUAAUCAAGCUUGCUCUUCUUUGAAUCAUGGUGUUAAUUGGAGGUGUUAAGGGCAGGCAGCAUGAAAGUAGGAAUUAGGGCACCUGAGUGAUGUUUGCUUUGUCAGCCAUUGGCUCAUUGUGUAACACCAGGCAAGUCCUCAGGGACUGGGAU